AGGCGGCGACAUUGUCGACACGAGACGCUCGUACGGCUCAGUGCAGUGGCAAAGUUCGACCCGGAAUGAGGUCGACACUGGUGGUGGCGCUGGUCCUGCUGUGCAGCGGAGUCCUGGCCGUCAAGCGGGAGGGACUCUUCGCGCUGACGGUGAUCCAUCUGAACGACUUUCACGCCCGGUUCGAGGAAACGAACGUCCUGUCGACGAGGUGUAACCCGGCGGAGGGGGAACGGUGUAUUGGCGGUUACGCUAGGGUGGUGGGAGCGGUGCGGGAUCUUCAGGAGCGGUACAAGGAGCUGAAUCCGGUUUACUUGAAUGCUGGAGAUAAUUUUCAGGGGACGUUUUGGUACACGCUGCUGCGAUGGAACGUGACGAGCUAUUUUAUGAAUCUGCUUCCGGCUGAUGCGGUUACGCUGGGGAAUCACGAGUUUGACCAUGGGAUUGAUGGAGUGGUGCCGUUUUUGGAGGCGCUCAAGUCGCCGGUGGUGGUGGCGAACAUUGACGACAGUGAGGAACCGAAGAUGCAGGGAAAGUAUCGGAAGUCGGUGGUGAUCGAGCGUGGAGGUAGGAAGAUCGGUAUUAUUGGAGUGAUUCACCAUUUGACGAAUACGCUGAGUAUGACGGAAAAGCUGAAGUUUUUGGACGAGAUUGCGAUUAUUAACGCCGAAGCGGCUCGAUUGAAGGCAAAUGGAGUGACGAUUGUGGUGGUGCUGUCGCACUGUGGAAUUACAAUUGAUCGAAAAAUUGCAGCUGGAUGUGACGAGGUAGAUUUGGUAGUUGGAGGUCAUUCGCACACGUUUCUUUACAACGGAUCAACUAGCGGGCUACCUGACGUUGCUGAGGAUAGCUACCCGGUGGUUGUGGAGCGGGCUGGUGGACGCAAGGGUUUGGUGGUACAGGCAUCGUGUUUUACGAAGUUUGUUGGACGUAUUACGCUGUACUUUGACGAUGCUGGAACUCUGGUGGAGUGGGAAGGAAAUCCGGUGUACCUGGAUGAAUCAGUCCCGAAGGAUGAGCAGAUCAUGCGUGAGUUGAUUCCAUGGAGAGAAGAGGUCGAUGUUCUGGCAAAUCGCCACGUAGGAUCUUCGCGAGUGAUUCUGUCGAAAGCAGAGUGUCGUACCGGAGAGUGUAACUUUGGCAAUUUCGUAGCGGAUGCCUUCGUAGAUUACUACGCUAGUCGAGCUGAGAGUCCAGACGAGUGGACCUAUGUAUCGAUCGGUAUCACGAACGACGGAGGAAUGCGGACCUCGCUGAAAAGUGGUAGCUUAACCUACGAUGAUUUGGUUACAGCGGUACCUUACGAGAAUACGGUCGACACCUUCGAUCUCAAAGGCCAAUAUCUGCUGGAAGCCUUAGAGUACAGUGCCAGUCGGUUCAAAACGGCUGACGUUCUACAAAUCUCAGGAAUCCGCGUAGUCUACAACACUACCCGUCCCGCAGGUCAACGUGUGGUAUCCGCGGACGUUCGAUGUCGCGUGUGCAAGGUACCCAGGUAUGAACCACUUGACCCGAACGCAACCUAUCGUGUGGCCGUAGCCGCGUGGAUCGGUAACGGAGGCAACGGGUACAGCAUGUUUGUCAACAACCGCUCGAACGUUCGCGUGGGACCGCUAGACAUCGUUGUCCUCGAAGCCUACGUUGCCAAGAUGAGCCCGGUUAUGCAGGGAACGGACGGGAGAAUUCGCGUCGUAACAUAAAUUAAACCUAUUGCCAUUACCUAACAACGAAUAAAUUAUUGAUGUUGCUUAUCCACCAGAACGCA